CCUUGAUUUGGCUGCUUUAGAGAGAAUCUGCGUAAACCGUCAUUUGGCUGGAAGGAAGCGUUUCUUCUUGUGUAUUUUGUGUCAUAAAGCAUGGCGAGUGACGAAAAUGUUAAAGAAACGAAGAGGGAGUACAUAAAUAAUGAUUGUACUGAACAAAACAUCGAUGGAUCAGCUAAGAUAGAAGCGAGCAAAAAUGAAUGUGAAAAAACAGGAGAUGAAUGUUUCAAGGUUCCUGACACUGGUGGAGGAGGUGAAGAUGCUGAAGCUUCAUCUGAUAUGGAACUUGGAUCUGAAGGUUCUGUUCAAGGUGCCUGUGGAACAGCAGAAGGAACUCCUGUUGGAUCAUUUGAAGAAACGAAGGAACUUAUAGACUUUAAAAUGAUUUUUAAUAAACAAAAAUAUGAUAUUUGUUUUCCUUUGGAUGAAACAAUACUAGCUUUAAAAAAACAUUUUGAAACUCUUAUUGGUGUUCCAGCAUCAAUGCAGAAAGUAAUGUUUAAAGGCUUAUGUAAAGAUGAGAAAACUUUGAGAGAAGUUGGUGUCACCAAAGGUGUUAAGGUCAUGGUAGUAGGCUCAACUCUAAAUGACAUCUUAGCUGUUAAUACACCUACUGAGCAAGAGGCAAAAGAAGAAAAAGCUGCAGCUGCUGCAAAAGAACCUCUGUGUAAGCAAAAGAUGCAUAAAAAAAUCAUUGAUAGAGGUGUUCCAGAAGAUGCUCAACCAGGAAUAAAAAAUGCUAAAGACAGUUUGCCUCCAUAUCCAUUAUCUGGUAUGGUAAAUAAGUCUGGAGGUAAAGUUAGAUUAACAUUUAAAUUAGAACUCGACCAAGUAUGGAUUGGAACCAAAGAACGUACAGACAAGAUCCCUAUGAAUUCUAUAAAAAACAUUGUUAGUGAAUCAAUUGAAGGUCAUGAAGAAUAUCAUAUAAUGGGUAUUCAAUUAGGUACAACGGAAGCCUCCAGGUAUUGGCUGUAUUGGGUUCCUGCACAAUAUGUUGAUGCUAUAAAAGAUGCAAUUCUGGGGAAAUGGCAGUAUUUUUGACACUUAAGAACUCUAAUAAAUUUUUAUUGAAUCAAGCUUUUUACACUAUGAAUAUAAGAGCUAUUGAAUGUUUUUGUACAAAUGCAUAUAUACAAAGUUUCUGUGAAAAUGUUAAACAUUAAUAAAAUGUAUAAAAUGCGAA